UAACUGGAAUUCCAGCCAAGCUUGUCUGAGGCGGAAGCUUCAUGCAGCUAACAGCCGAUUAGCAUGGCUAGCUGGAAGUUUGGGGCUUCAACAGGUGGAUCGAACGGAGGUCACCUGCUGCUACUGAGACCGAAACCAGAACCAGAACCGAACCGAACCGAGUUCCUGGAUCUUCUACAUCAGCUUGGUUCUCUUCUUAUUCUCCUGGACGGGUCCGACUCGGAGCCAUGACCGGUCCGGAGCUCCUGCUGGACUCCAGCAUCCGGGUGUGGGUGGUCCUCCCCAUCGUCUUCAUCACCUUCUUCGUCGGGGUGCUGCGUCACUAUGUGAGCCAGCUGCUGCACAGCGACAAGAAGGUGGAGCUGGAGCAGGUGUCUGACAGCCAGGUUCUGCUGCGCAGCCGCAUCCUCAGGGAGAACGGGAAGUACAUCCCCCGACAGUCGUUCGUCAUGAGGAAGCAUUACUUCAACAACGCAGAAACCGGCUUCUUCAAGAAGGUCAAGAGGAAGGUGGUUCCAAAGAACCCCAUGACAGACACCAGCAUGCUGACGGACAUGAUGAAGGGGAACCUGACCAACGUUCUGCCCAUGAUUCUUAUCGGCGGAUGGAUCAACUGGGCCUUCUCUGGUUUCCUCAUUACAAAGGUUCCGUUCCCUCUGACUCUAAGGUUCAAGCCCAUGUUACAGAGAGGCGUCGACCUGCUGUCGCUGGACGCUUCCUGGGUGAGUUCUGCCUCCUGGUACUUCCUGAACGUGUUUGGGCUGAGGAGCAUGUACACCCUGGUUCUGGGUCAGGACAACGCUGCUGACCAAUCGCGGAUCAUGCAGGACCAGAUGACUGGUGCCGCCAUGGCGAUGCCCCCUGACCCCAACAAGGCUUUUAAGAGCGAGUGGGAGGCGCUGGAGGUGGUGAACCACAAGUGGGCGCUGGAGAGCGUGGAGGAGGAGCUCAUCUCCAAAGACCUGAACUUUGGAAGUUUUCUCGGCGCCGACGUCAAGCACAGCAUGUUCUGACCCGGAUCCAGACCAGUUUUUAUUUCUGAGCCUCGGACCCAAACGGAAACCCGGUCCUGUUCUUCCUCAGGAAACGGAUCUUGAUGACCCGAUGCUGCUGCCACAGACCUUCAGGAAGCCCAGAGAACCGUUGAUCCAGAACAUCUCCGUGGACAGAAGGUCGGACGGACCGGUCCAGAACCGGGUCAGGAGGUUAUUCUCUGAUGUUACAGGUUCUGCUUUGUUCUUUCUGGAAUAAACCUGAAUUCUGAUUUC